AUGCUUCCCGCUCUACCUCGGUUGGGCGACUAUGACAUAUCAGCUCGGAACGGCUUCUUGCCUGAUGAGAUACCCAUCGAUGUUCUACCAGAUCGCUACUACCAGCCAUGGGAGACAAUUGUACGCAACUUCCAGAGUCUGAUCCUGGCCAAGCGGCUACGUCGAAUAGUAGAUGCACUUCCAGUACUUGAGACCGACCUCCUUCUCACGAAAGCCGAGUGGCAGCGAGCCUAUUCCAUCUUGGGAUUCAUUGCCCAUGGGUAUGUUUGGGGCGGUGACAAGCCCGCCGAUAUUGUCCCGCCCUCUAUCUCGAUACCUUUCAUGGAAACGUGCAGACACCUGGAACUGCCACCGGUGGCAACCUUUGCAGGGGUGUGCCUGUGGAAUUGGCGGCCUAUGUUCGAUGGCGAGCCUACGGAUACACUGGACAACCUUGCAACGCACAUGACCUUCACUGGCUCAAUGGACGAAUCAUGGUUUUACCUGGUGUCUGUAGCGAUAGAAGCGAGAGCUGGACCAGUUAUUCCGAUGAUGAUCGAAGCUAUCGCAGCAGCUAGACGUGGCGACAGCAACACAGUCAUGCACUGUUUACGAUCCUUUGCGGAGCGACUUGACGAGAUAGGUGCUCUUUUGGAGCGCAUGUACGAGAGCUGUGACCCACACGUCUUCUACCACCGCAUCCGACCAUUCCUAGCUGGAAGUAAAAACAUGGCGGACGCAGGCCUUCCAAAUGGAGUCAUGUUUGAUGAUGGCACUGGUCAACAGCCAUAUGUGCAAUUCAGUGGUGGCAGCAAUGCUCAGAGCUCGACCAUUCAGUUCUUCGACAUCGUCCUAGGGGUUGAGCAUAGACCUACUGGUGAGAAGCGGACUAACAUAGAAAACCCUGCCUCAUCUGGACCUUCGCAUGGUUUCAUCCAGGAUAUGCGGAACUAUAUGCCUGGACCUCACCGUAGGUUCCUGGAGCACAUGGAGAGCAUUGCAAACAUCCGGGAAUACGUUACAGUAAAUCGCAAGGAUCGGGCCCUUACCACUGCCUACGACGCAUGCCUGGCCAUGCUGCGAAGCCUGCGGGAUAAGCACAUCCAACUCGUCUCGCGGUACAUCAUCAUCAAAUCGCGUGAGACACAGUCGCACGCCCGAUCUGUGUCGCCUAAGCAAGCAAACAACCAGCGCGUCAACCUCGCCAACACUAUGGCCCGCACAGGAAGCAAAAAGCUCCGUGGUACGGGAGGUACAGCUUUAAUUCCAUUCCUGAAGCAAGCGCGGGAUGAGACGGGCGAGCCGGCAAUCGAUGCGUGGGCAAAGCGAUUACUCAACAACGGGCCAGCAGAGAUUGGUGCGUCCUUUGGUGUUGACGAUGGCGUUGCGCGGCUAGGCAAGAUUGCAGAGGGUUUCAAUGGGCAAGUUGAGAUUGUUGGUCUGGCUGGUACUUGGAGUGUUGAUGAUAGCGAGGGAGGUAUCUGUCAUUGGUGA